AUGUGGUUAGAAACAACAGAGAAAUGGUUAAAUGACAAGUGCGAAUUCAUUGAAAAAAGAUCAAAAACAGUAAUACAAAUGCAAUGUUUAAAAACGUCAAAGAAAUCACUGAGAAAAAAGGGUAAAAAUGUCAUAUUGCGCUCAAAUAUGACGGCUUUAGGUGAUGCUUUGCUCAAUAUUUUAGCCAAGUUACCAGCUGAGUUCCAACAACUGCUGAUGGUUGAAGUGUUUAUAAGCAUAGAUUGGUUUUUGUCUGAUGUUUCACAGAUAUUAAUUUAUACUUUGAAACUGAAAAAAAACACAUGCACGGUGAUGAACAGAAGCGGAUUUGUUGUGUUAAGAAUCAAUGCAAGCCACAGUCUUACGUUUUGCCCCGUCAACCAAAUCAACCAAACUAAUGAUAACAACAUGCACAUCAACUGCGAGGAACCUGGAUUGGCCAACACUCUUAUUGAGAAAAAUAUUUUAAAAGCUCAGUUUUGUGUCAACUAUGAUGACCAAAACCAUAACAUCACCAAGUUUUGGAAUUUCCUCUGGCUAUCUGACAGUUUCUCCGUCAUUUACAGUCUGGGCCUCGUCGCCAUCUACCCAGUCUAA